UUAACCACUUCCUGUCCGGACCAUGUCUAUAAACGGCCAGAUAGGAGCACUGCCAAAGCAGGUCGACAUUUCUAAACGUCACCCGCAUUCACUGCCUGUGCACGCUCCCUGUGAUACAGCGGAACACCGAUUGCAGUACGGGACCUCUGUGUGAGGUCCUGAUUCAUGUGAUCACUAAUUGGCCAAUCAGUGAUCACAUGAGCAGUAGUAAACAAGAUGUCACUUCCUGACAUCAUUGCUUACUAUGCGUGAAAUCUGUGAAUGAUCACAGCGGUCACAUGCCUUGCACCAUGUGACAAGCUGUGACCAAUCACAGCUCUCACA